CUCGCCAGACUAGGCAGAAAGGACAGUGUACGAUUGUUCGGGUACCUGCACACCAAUCCAAUCCAAUCCCAUUCUAGAGAGAGAAAAACAGCAUCUCUCUCUCUCUCUCUCUCAUAUUAGUGCAGAUAUAGAGAGAGAAAGUGUAAGUAUAAUCGAAUUCUCCAAGUUCGUUUGGCCAAUCUCUUCUAUAGAGAGAGAGAGAGAGUAUAUAGUUUCAAGUUUGUUGCGAAUUGGAGCUGUGAAGGUAGGGUUUGGAUUGAGAGAGAAUUGAUUGUUGAGAAUCGAUUUGAGGAGGUUGGGGUUUCAGAUGAGAGAUCUGUGUUAAAGCUUCACGAAAAUGGCUUCUUCAGAGCUGUCAUUCAAAGGAAACGCUAGAGGAGGAGGAGAGUGCUUCUCUUCGGGUUACAGUGACCAUAACGAUGGCGCCGGACUGUCUAGGAGCGCUUCCGAGGCGGCGCCGAAGGGUUAUUCCACUGUUUCCGGCGCCGGGAAAGUGGAUCCCGAAACCGCGCUUUACACGGAGCUAUGGCGCGCUUGUGCUGGUCCGCUCGUGACAGUGCCUCGUGAAGGCCAGCGCGUGUUCUAUUUUCCUCAAGGACAUAUUGAGCAGGUCGAGGCAUCAACCAAUCAGGUGGCGGACCAGGAGAUGCCGAUGUAUAAUCUUCCAUCAAAGAUCCUUUGCCGUGUGCUCAAUGUCCAAUUGAAGGCUGAACCGGACACUGAUGAGGUGUUUGCCCAAGUGACCCUGCUUCCUCUAAAAGAAGAUGAGAAUGAGGCGGAGAAAGAACCUAUGCCACCUCCACCACCACGCUUUCAUGUGCAUUCCUUUUGUAAGACCCUAACUGCCUCAGAUACCAGCACUCAUGGUGGAUUUUCGGUGCUAAGACGGCAUGCUGAUGAAUGCCUUCCCCCUCUAGACAUGUCACGGCAACCACCGACUCAAGAGUUGGCCGCAAAGGAUUUGCAUGGAAACGAGUGGCGUUUCAAACAUAUCUUUCGGGGUCAGCCAAGGAGGCACCUACUUCAAAGUGGUUGGAGUGUCUUUGUAAGCUCUAAAAGACUUGUUGCCGGGGAUGCUUUUAUAUUUUUAAGAGGUGAGAAUGGGGAACUUCGCGUUGGAGUAAGACGAGCCAUGAGACAGCAGGCUAAUAUUCCAUCAUCUGUCAUAUCCAGCCACAGCAUGCAUAUUGGUGUCCUUGCAACAGCGUGGCAUGCAUACACGACAGGAACAUUUUUCACAGUCUAUUACAAGCCGAGGACAAGCCCUGCUGAGUUUAUUGUUCCAUUUGAUCAAUACAUGGGAUCUGUCAAGAGUAAUUAUUCUGUAGGGAUGAGGUUCAAAAUGAGAUUUGAAGGUGAAGAAGCUCCAGAACAGAGGUUUACUGGAACAAUUAUUGGGAUUGAAGAUGCUGAUACCAAAAGAUGGGCAGAAUCUAAAUGGAGAUGCCUCAAGGUACGGUGGGAUGAAAAUUCUACCAUUCCUCGUCCGGAGAGAGUCUCACCCUGGAAAAUAGAACCUGCUUUGACUACAGCUGCACUAAAUCCCCUUCCCAUGCCCAGGCUAAAAAGGCCUCGGUCAAGUAUGGUGCCCUCUUCCCCUGACUCCUCUGUUCUUACAAGGGAAGGUUCAUCUAAGAUGACAAUGGACCCUUCACCAGUAAAUGGAUUUUCAAGGGUCUUGCAUGGUCAAGAAUUUUCGACCUUGAGAGGCACUUUUGCAGAGAGUAAUGGAUCGGAUUCUACUGAAAAGCCAGUUGUAUGGCCACCUUCAUUGGAUGAUGAGAAGAUUGACAUGGUGUCUCCUUCACAAAAAUAUGCAUCGGACAAAUGGUUGUCCUCAGUGAGGCAUGACUCAACCUUCACAGAUCUAUUUUCAGGUUUUGGGGCCCAAACCAACUCCUCCCACAAGUCGAUAAAAGUCAAUUUACCAGAUCGGGAAGGCAAGUUCAAUUUUCUUGCUAGCAAUUGGUCUGUAACACCUUCAGCCCUCUCACUCAACUUGUUAGAUUCUAGCAUGAAAGCUCAUGUGCAAAGCAGUGAUGUGCCUUGCCAUUCACGAGAUGUCAGAUAUGGUGGUUUUACUGAGUAUUCCUUGCUUACUGGUCAAAAACCUGAGCAGCAUCAAGGAAAUUGGUCGAGGGAACCACCACUUCAAUCAUAUCUUCAUAUUCCCACUCAGUCAAGAGGGCUGAUGCCUCGGCCUGUACUGGUACAACAAUCUGAAGCAGUGAAACCUAAAGAUGGGAAUUGCAGACUCUUUGGUAUACCACUCAUCAGUAAUCAUGUAACAACGGAGCCAGCACACUCGCAUAAAACUACUAUUGAAACCGAUCAAAGGUCUGAACAAAUAAAGGGUGUAAACGUGGCAGAUCAACCACUUCCUAGUGUUGAGCAGGAAAAACCAUCCCAAACGUGUCAGCCACUUGUGAGGGAUUGCCUUGGGAAAUUCCAGGGUGGUUCAACAAGGAGUUUUACCAAGGUUCAUAAGCAGGGGAUUGCUCUCGGUAGGUCUGUGGACCUUACCAAGUUCAGUAACUAUGAAGAAUUGAUUGCCGAGCUGGAUCAGUUAUUCGAAUUUAAUGGUGAAUUGAAGGCAAGGAACAAGAAUUGGUUGAUUGUAUUCACUGAUGAUGAGGGUGAUAUGAUGCUUGUUGGAGAUGAUCCAUGGCCGGAAUUUUGUGGCAUGGUUCGCAAGAUCAACAUCUAUACUCGGGAAGAGGUGCAGCGGAUGAACCCAGGGACCCUGAAUUCAAAGGGUGAGGAAAAUUCGUUACUUGGAGAAGGUAUGGAUGGAAAAGAAAUGAAGAAUACGCUGCUUCCUACGGUUUCUGUUCCUGAGAAAUGUUAGCUUCUUUUGCAUCUACAUCUACUUAGUUACCAAGAUGGUUCUAGCGUGUUGCGUUUUUACUAUUUUUUGUUGGGGGGAAUACAUUCAUUCAAAUGAAUUCAGAUUCGUGCAGAGUCAUUCCCUUCACCAUUUGGGUGCCAAUCUAUGGCUUAAAAUAGAUAAUUACAAUUUUGGACAUGUUUUGGAGCGGUAAUGUUGUAUGUUGCCUCUUAUUGUUACAUAGUUUACGUACGUGUAUUUUCAGCUAGGCUAUUGCUAUCUUCCAUUGUCGAACGGUUCCUCCUUUUGUACAGAGCCUCAAUUUCUGCAUGUAAUUAUGUCUCAUACAUUGCCUUUUCUUGAUCUCAUAUGAUCUCCAAAUGUGAAACUACUUCAUGUUGGUAUGUAUGAAUGGUGACCUGAUUGUAAUUGGUAA